AUGCUCCUCCGGGCCCGUGCGCAUCUGCGAACAACAUCAGUGCCGCUCAAGCGCCGGCUUGCGAGCGAGUCGGGCAGUGUUGUCGGAUCGAAGAAGCAGCGCACGGCCCUCGCCCAGCAGGCGAGCAACCGCCCUUCCGCCACUCUGCUGAUCGAGGAGUACACCAAGUCACUUUCUGAGGCCAUCUUCGACAACAAAUCCAUCGGCGAAACGCUGUCGCCUGACGCGCGCUUUCAGCUGAUCCUUGCCUUUGCGCGCAGCAACGGCGUUUCUCCGAUUGCUGCAGCUGCGAGCGUGGAACGGCUCAACUCGGUGGCCACAGACAUGCUCACCCGUAAGCGCUACCGUCUUGGCUUGGAAAGGUUUGAGAAGAUGGUGCUUAUCCGCAGCUGGAUCGCCGCCCUCUCGGAGCUCGGCAUCGAGAUGUAACGGAAUAUUCAUUCCGUAGGCCGAGGUAGUCGUCAUUCCCGGCUGAUAUUCCGCGCAACUGCGCCCACCUCAGGUGUGCCGUGUCGGGUGCGACGGCGCGAGUGAAGAGAAUGUGUGCGA